GAAGAAGCGGAGCAAUGCAGAUGAUACUCUGUAACUUAAGUUAUAAGUUACUGUCACUGCAUGCACCUUUCAGCUCCGUAAGUUACUACACAUGACUACAUGUACACACUUCUAUCCCCCUUUCCUUCACAACAUCUGUACAUAAACUAGAUACUAAAUGAUUCAUUGGCAACAAACUGAACUCAUCCUUCCAAUCCCGACCCGCGGAACCGCAACUCCGACGUCAUCGGCCCUGACCCACUUUUUCCACUUUGUCCACUUUUUCGUCUUGGACCUUCCUUCAUCCCACGCUCUUACCAAUGCCAUUCCCCGCGGGCGAACCCCGACGCGGAGAGAAGACUAGGGUAUAAAACCCCUCAUCCCCGGCUGAUCACAUAACUGGGACUUUGCUUUUACUCUUCAGACUAACCCCCUAUACCAAACACCAACACCAUUAAACCACCAAACCACCAAACCACCAAAAUGGAAGACCGACCCCUCACCCAAGUCAGCACCGACCCAAUAACCCUAACCGCCCACGAAACCUCCCCCGCCCUCCUCUUCCCAACAUUCACCGCAACAACCGCCUUCAACCUGGGCCUAGCCCUGCGCACCCGAAUCCUCUCCCUCCCCGUCUCAUCCCGCAAACCCGCGCUCAUCAGCAUCACGCUCACCACGGCGCCCCUCCCUUCCACCGACGCACAACCCGUGCCCCCACACGUCGUCUUCCAAUGCGCCACGGAACCCGGCACGAUCCCCGAUAACGAGGUGUGGGUCCGCCGGAAGCGGAAUACCGUGUUGCGGUGGGGGGUGAGUAGUUGGUUGAUGCGCAACAAGCUGUUGGCCACACUGAGUGAUGCAGACAAGGGGCAGGUGGAGGCGGCGUUCGUCAAGAAGUAUGCCCUCCGGUCGAGUAAUGCCGGGGCGGUGGCGGAUGAUUAUGCCAUCCAUGGCGGGGGGUUCCCCGUGCGGGUGCGCGGGGUCGAUGGCGUGGUCGGCGUGAUUGUGGUCAGUGGGUUGAAGCAGGAGGAUGAUCAUCAGGUGAUCGUGGAUGUCGUGAGGGAGUAUAUCUCUCAGGGAGGGGGGGAGGUGCCUGCUUCUUCGUAAGGGUAGAUCUGGAGGUGGGAUUGAACAAAUACUCCCGCCGUACUCAGUAUCAAAGUUGAUCAGUUAAGCCAAACUUGGUCUUGCUGCAGUACUUCCGUCCGAGAGUGUAAGCCUCUUCAUUCAUUCUGUAUAGAGCAUCGGGAGAGCAUCCUUCUAGGAUAGGUAUCAUAUUUAAACUAUCAACCCAAAAUUCUGGUUGGUUGGUCUUGAACAAUCAAGCAAUGCAAACUCCGG